GUCUCUGCGGCCUCUUUCCUGUGUAACCGUGGUAGCUGCUGCUGCUGUCUGUCACCCAGCAACACUACACAGCUUACAGUUAGUCUGUACAGAGCUCUACCUGUCCUCUACCUGUCCUCCUCCAGCAUGCCCAUGUACCAGGUAAAACCCGUCAGCGGGAUCAGCAUAAAGACUGAUUUACCAACCUGCAUGUACAAGUUACCCAAUGUCCACGAGCAGCCAGGAAACAGCUGCACCUGCGAACACGCGCACCAGAAUGGCGAGGUGGACCCAGCAGUCAAAGCUCUGGAGGCCCGGCAGGACGAGAUCAUGAGAAAACUGUACGAGCUGAAAGCGGCCGUGGAGGGCUUGGCCAAGACGGUGACGACCCCCGAUGCCGACCUGGACCUGACAGUCAGCAGCAGCUUCUCCUCCCAAAGCCCCAGCUCCACCACCUUCAAGAGCGUCUCAGACCUGGACACACUACUGGGCAAGGACCUCGGUGCUCUCCGCGACAUCGUCAUAAACGCCAACCCGGCCCAGCCGCCCCUGACCCUGCUGGUGCUCCACAGCGUGCUGUGUCAGCGCUAUCGGGUGCUCUCCACUGUCCACGUCCACUCCUCGGUGUCCAGCGUGCCGCCACAGCUCCUGUCCUGCCUCGGCCCACGCCACGCAGACAGCUACGCCCGCCAGAUGUUCCAGCUGGGCUUUACUCUCAUAUGGAAAGAUGUCCCCAAACUGCAGAUGAAGUUCAGCGUCCAGAACAUGUGUCCCAUCGAGGGCGAGGCCAACGUGGCGCGCUUCCUCUUCAAGCUGCUGUCUCCCUACCCCGGCGACCCCGCUCUCUCCACACUGGUGGACAGCUGGGUGGACACGGCUUUCUUCCAGCUGGCGGAGGGUAGCGCCAAGGAGCGAGCCGCCGUCCUACGGGCCCUCAACUCCUCUCUGGGCCGCAGCCCUUGGCUAGCCGGGCCGGAGUUCUCCCUGGCCGACAUCGCCUGCUAUUGCUGCGUGCUGCAGAGCGGCUCGGCCUCCUCUACUCCAACUAACGUCCAGCGCUGGAUCAAGUCCUGUGACAACCUGGGCCACUUCAGCCCUGCCAAGCUAUUUCUGAAGUGACUGGGGCCGACCCGGGACCAGACACCAGACGGGGGUCUUACCCGAGCAAAGUGAGAGAAGGGCAUUAGAAUAUUUAAAUAUCCCAGCCAUAUCUGGAACAGCCUCUAAUGCUUCCCUCUUUACUGUAUUAUAUCACUGAACUGACAAAGACUCAGUAGCAGCAGCAUGGUUCACGGUUAGAGUAAUAUAAGAGUAUCUGCUGCCAUGUUGCUUUUGUAUAACAAAGAGAUUCUAAGGUUAUUUUUGCGAGGGAGGAAGCAUGAGAGGACUGUACAGACUGGUGAGGGAUUAAAUCAAAGGUACUGACAGAAGUAACACACACUGUUCACCUUCCACCCACUUUGUGCCUAACAUGAUCCUGUUUAGAUGUUUGUGGUGACGGGUAUUACCAGGUGUUUUCAGAAGUAAUACUUUGCACCAUUUGUUUUUCUGAAAUCAUUAAAACUUCCACUUUGGAUCAAACUUUGAACUGA